AGGCGGGGCUGUGGGCGGAGUCGAGUCUCUGGCGCAGGCAGUGCUGGUUGGGAAACGGUCUCGCGAGCGCAGUCACGAGGAGAGAUUCGGUGAGUGAGUGUCGCGCGCCUCUUUCCGAUGAGAUAGUGCACACGCAUACACACACACUCACAUACACUCUCACACAGCGCGGCUCCGAAACAGACGAACUGUUCAACACCGCGCGCUCUGCUUUUAUUUCGGAAGGAUUUUUGAGAGCACAGCGCGAGACGGCGGGGGGACCGAGGGAUUUCAUCUACAAGUUUUUCUUUUCUGUUGUUUUUUUCUUUGUUUUUUAUAAAGAAGGAUUGUGGUUUACGGGGGUUUGUGGCCGCAAAGAUGAUGGUCGGGGAGAUCGAAGUGAAGGAGAGACCGAGGCCGAGUCCUGACUAUCUCAUGCAGUUACUGAACGAAAAGAAGCUGAUGACCAGCCUGCCGAACCUGUGCGGUAUCUUCACACACCUGGAGAGACUGCUGGAUGAAGAGAUAAACAGAGUGAGGAAGGACAUGUACAAUGACACUGUGAGCGGUUUGGUAGAUAAACACCCGCUGGAGCUUCCCGAGGCUCACGGCCCCAUCGUCCAUCUGCAGGAGAAACUCUUCGUCCCGGUCAAAGAAUACCCUGAUUAUAAUUUCGUAGGCCGGAUUCUGGGGCCACGAGGUCUCACGGCGAAGCAGCUGGAGGCGGAAACCGGCUGCAAGAUCAUGGUCAGAGGAAAGAGCUCCAUGAGGGACAAGAAGAAGGAGGAGCAGAACCGAGGGAAGCCGAACUGGGAGCACCUGAACGAGGACCUGCACGUUCUCAUCACGGUGGAGGACACGCAGGCGCGGGCCGAGAUCAAGAUGAGGAGAGCCGUGGAGGAGGUGAAGAAGCUCCUGGUCCCGGCGGCGGAAGGAGAGGACAACCUGAAGAAGAUGCAGCUGAUGGAGUUGGCCAUCCUUAACGGAACCUACAGAGACACCAAUAUUAAAGCCCCGAACCUUGCGUUCUCUCUUGCAGCGGCGGCCGCAGCGGCUCAAGGCCCUCGGCUGAUCGCCGCCCCCACCAGUCAGGUACUUCCACCCGGCGCUCUGCGCCCCCCGACCCCGGCCGGAACGCCCAUCAUGAACCUCAUCCGUCCAGCGCAGAUGCCCGCCAUGCUGCCCAACGCCACCCCGACGCUGGUGCCCCCGGCGCCCGACGCAGGCAUCAUCUACGCCACGCCCUACGACUACCCGUACGCCCUGGCACCCACCUCUCUCCUGGAGUACCCCAUCGAGCACGGAGGCGUCCUAGGUAAGCGCGCGUGGGGGCUCUGUGCUUCAGGCUUCGGCGGGCAUCAGGAUGGCGCCGCCGCAAUGUUUUACGGGGGCAGCUUGGACAUGAUGAUGCCAAGCCCUGCCCAGGACUUAGUCCAAGGUGCAAUGGCUACUAAAGUGCGGAGACAUGACUCACGGGUCCAUCCUUACCAAAGGAUAGUGACCGCAGACAGAGCCGCCACCGGCAACUAACAAAUGACCUCUGACCUCUGAACUCUUCACCCAAUGAUGAGCCGCCCCAAGCCUGCCUGCUGAUCAGAUUAACUGGUAAUUGCCUUUUGCUAGCCUGUUGGACGCUGAGAAACCCAGAGAGGCACCUGUGCACCACCCUAACACACACAGCCAACACAAACCCACAACGAGAUCAAAUGCCUACGAACCGACGAGUUGUGAUGAUUGUUAGGCGUUUGUUUAUUGACUGUAACACCCCUUCCUUUCUCUCUCUCUCUCUCUCUCUCUCCCCCCUCCCCCUUGCUUGUUUCUUUCUUUUUUUCUUUCUCAGUCCUUUGAUAGUUGGGUGAUGUUUUUGGUAGCAAAAAUCUGCACUGAGGUUAAUAAGCAAUAACAAACAGCGAGAUGGGGUAUUAUUGUUCUCCCGUACCUGCACAUCCCCGCUACGUUUUAAUUUCAGUAAUUACGAUUCGGAACAAUCGGGAUGCAGAUUCAAAUUCAUGGACAUAUCUACGUCUAAAUUUAGUGAGUGCAAAGGAAGAAGGAAAGAAACCCACUCACACAAACCUGUUACGUGUCAUUGUCGUGUGUAUCGAUGUGUUUAUUUUGUUUUGUUUAUCUUUCAUCUGUUAAGUUUUUCACAAUGCUGACACAUUCUGGGUGCGCUGUCCAGCUGCGCUGAGUGCAUGGCUAAAACCAUGCACUGCUUUUGGGGGGGCGCUAUUUCUUUUUUUGUGUUUUCUUUUUUAAUUAUUAUUGUUUUGAUAGUAGGAUAGUUUAAUCAUACCUGCAAUACGAGUGCCAUCUCAAGCGUGUGGAAGGAGGAUGGGGUUAAGAAGAGUAUUCCAGAGUAUUCUCAGUAAUCUUAAAUCUUAGGAUGUUUAUGGCUGCGGAGAUUUGGGCAGGAGGAGUUUAUUACUCACCUACGCCACCCCAAAAACACCCCCAGCCUCGAAAAUACAGUGCCUGAAUUUAUAGAUUCAAUUUUUGCUUUUUUUUUUUUUUUGGAAUGAGCUGUGAGACAAAAGAAAAAAAAACAAGUAUUACGUGUGUAUUUAGCCAAAGGGUUCCAGUUUGAUCAAUUUCUCUCUCUACAUUUAUGUAUCUAAGCGCAGAGGGUUAGUUCUUUUAGUCUAGAGUCUGAAAAGGUGUGUGAUGUGCCUGUGUACGCAUGAAGACAAUAAUCCCUCGGCCACUGUGCUUCAAUCUCAUUUAAGUUGAAUAAAAUCGAGAAACACUACGAAUCAUGGAGAAUUCAUGGAGACAGGAAGCCAGGAAAGGAGUUCUGUACAUACCUGCGGUUUUUAUAUAUAUAUAUAUAACUUUAUUUUCCCUUCAUGAUUAACUUUGUUUUCCCUAUUUUGAAUUCUUAAACCUUUAAAAAUUGGGCGUCAUUAAAAAAAAAAAGAAAAAAUUUCUAUUCCCGCUGAAUCUCUCUCAUACGAGAUUUAUUUUUUGAUUGUUAAAGAAAAGAAAGGAGGCGGGGAAUAAUAACGCUCAUCCACAAUGUGUCCCGCAGUUUUGUUUUGUUUUGUUUUUUCAAACUUCAGUCCGUAGUUCAGCUGCUGAUCUCAGAGCUGAACUCUUUCUCAAGAAAAAAAAAAAAAAACAGAAUAGGAUGUGAAAGCCAUGUCUGCCUGUUCAAAUUGCUUUAUACAUACAUGAUUAUAUAUAAAAAUAUAUGUAUACAAAUGUAGAUAAUGUCAUUGCAUAUUAAAAUGCAGAACCGAUCAAAAUUAGAUACUUUUACAGGGUGCUGGAGAAGAAAUAUAUUUUUGGCAAUUUUAGCUUUUUAUACUUAACUUGCAGUUAAAAAAUGUACAAAAAACCUAGAAAAAAUAAAAAAGAACAGGACGGAAGGUUGCGUAAACGUUUUUGUUAUUGGCGAUGAAAACCCAAGAAACUCUGGAGUAUUUCCAGUUCUAAAGCAUUAAAGGGGGAAGUAUUAGACAUUUGUAAAAGGGGGAAAAGUGCCUUAUUGAUGGUUUUUUUUGUUUGUUUUUCUCCGAGUUGCGUUGUGUUCAGUAAUAUAAUAUUGUGCGACAGUGACGGCGACAGCGGUGCUUCGCGCAUAGAGAAGGAUAAAGUGUUGAGUUCGAUCGCCGCUCAGCUGUGCCACUCGAUCUACUCUAUGCAAAAAAAAAAUAGCAGUCAUUCGACCAGCUAACUACGUGCCAUGAUUUGUCUUCCCGAGAUUAGGUUAACGUCUCUCUCUCUCUCUCUCCCUCUCUCCCUCCCUCUCUCCCCCUCCCUCCAUCCAUUCUGUUCUCUUUCCCUUUAUGGCGUUUGAACAAAAUUUCGUAUGUCUGUUAUUGUUGCUAUUUGACGCAAACUGCCAUUUAAAAUUCGGAUUUACAAACUGGAAGUUUGGGAUUAUUAUUAUUAUUAUUAUUAUUAUUAUUGCUUUCAUGAGAUAAUGCUUUGCCUAAAUCUCUUGUGCUUUUUUUUUUUUUAAUAAAUAAAUUGAAAAGAGCUUCUAGUUAACUUUGAGCAGAACGUAGGCAUGGAGCUGCUCAGCGGUUCGAGAUCUUGCUCCUCAGCCGUAAGAAAAGCUGUUACCGAAUCGUAUUAACUAUAACAUUUUGAGCCCAGCACGCAGCGUUUAAACAAUUAGCGAGGUUUAAUUGCAUUCUGGGCGAAGAAAAACAAAUCUAUAGUCCGUUUCUCAAACUAAAUUCUCUGAAUUUCAUGGCAGCCUGUUUUCAUUCUGUUCUCUCAAGCUGUUACACAGGAAAGGUCAACUUUCUUCUUCAGUGUUAGAAGCUCUUUUACUUUUGUUUGUUUGUUUGUAAUGAAAUGCAAUAUCAGACUGGAGGUUUGCGAAGACAGCCCUGAUUAAGAAACAGUAUUAGGAGAAAUGUCCUCCGCGAUGUUACUACAUGCUGUCGGUCAUUGUUUUAAGGUCGAUUUAGUCCAUCAGGUUUCUAGAGAAAUCUCUUGUAUUCUCUCCUGCCUGCCUAAUACAUGUAUAAUAAUGUAAUUUACAAUCAUUGUUACAGGUUUCUAAUGUAUUUUUCUAACUUCAUUUUAUAUGUAUAUUAUAAAUCACUCUUCUGGCUGGUUUUUUUUUUUCCUUUUCUUUUUUUGAUGCCCACUACAGUUAUAAUUUUUUUUUUUUUAACUCACCUCUUUUGCUGUCUCACUCAGAGUCUCUCUUGUUGGGGGCGUGGCCUUUCCAGCAGUUACAUUUAAUUUCCUUGCCGAUCUUUAGCUUGUUUAACUCAUUAGCCGACUAUAUUAGUUUUCCUUGUCGAGAUUUUUACAUGCUUGCGUUUAGUUUUCAUGGUGUAUGCUGUUAUUUUUCUUAUUAACCCCCUUGCCAUUUAUUUUAAUAAAAUAUUCUUAGUAAGAAUUUUACUAACUUGCUGAUAUUUUUGUUGGUCUUGUGUUUAACCUGUUGAAUGAACGUACUACUUUUGACCUGGAUCACGGACUAACACCAUUAAAACUGGUCUCAGCCCAUUUCACACAAAUGAAAGAAGCGCACUAACACACACACACACACUCACUCUCUCUCUCUCACACACACGUGUGUAAUAUGCUUAAAAUUACACUUGUGCACUGGAUCAUGGACUUGGGCACCCACAAACACGCACAAUCCGGUCCAUCCUCACUCUGCUAUGCUGACCCAAACCCACGCUGUCACACACACACACACACACACACACAGAGAGAGAGCACUCAGUUUAUAAGAUCUAGCGCUCUUGGAACAACAGGCUAAUUUAUUUAUUAAUCUAGGCUUAUUAGUUAAAAAAACACAAUGAGGAUGUCCUGUUAUAAGAAAAUAAUCAACACAUCUUACUUCUUGAACAUGUGAAACAAGUUCGUUCCUGUGGUUAUAGCAGCUAUAAACGCUCCUUCCUUCACCAGUCACUCUAUUUGUUCUGCUUUCUAGGAAUGAAGAAGUCAAAAGUUGUCACGUUACCGAUCGAAAUGUAUAAAUAAAUAAAAUAAAUCCGUCCUGCCGCUUUUUCCGUGUUGGAACCGUAAAGGCUUUAGUCCCGACUGUGCUUGAAUACUGAAAUGAAAACAUCACCAUGUCGGUGAUUACAAACAUGUUUAGCUCUGUUUAUCGAGACUGCUUUGACUGAACGCACAUCACGCAAUUGCAACAAAAAACCGCGAACUCUUCCGAAUAUCGUGAGGUUCGCUCGAUUGUGCGUUCGUUUCUGUGACCGCGGAAUGCUGGACCACUUUCUGACCAAUCAGAAUCCGGAAUUAAACGGAAGCCUGACGAGAACCCUGAAGCUGAUUGUUUUCCAUUAACAUGGUUUUAUUCCUUUUAGACCACAGCAGUUUGCAGACUGACCAUUUUUUUUUUUUAUCCAAUUAUUGCUACAGUAACAUCGUGGAAUGUCACGGCACUUAUGCUAUAGAAUCUAUAAAGAGUCAUUCCCUUAUCAGUCUUCCCCCCCCCCCAAAGUUAAGAUUCUAAAGAAUGCAGCAGGUCAGAAACCUGUAUGGCUUUUACCGCUGACGGUUGCGUAGCGCAGUCUGCGUCUCCUCGCGUAAAUAUCUGCUUUUACACGUCAGACAGCUGAACCAUAGCGACCAUGAUGCGUUUUCCUCUGUUAACACUGCGCUUUUAAAAUCACACUUUUGAUGGGGUUCUGUUGUUAAUUCCCAACAAACAAGUCCUUGUGAGUUCAGGAAUAACGUCUCCAAACUUGUACGCGUACUCGCAGGCCGUCGGUGUGAUUCCGUCAGUGCAGAGUUUAUUUCAGCUCAUCGACUGCUGCCAAUAAAUAAGUAUAUAAAUAAAGAAAUAGAAACAAGUUUGUACUUGCAAGAGCUGCUCUUCUCGUCGCCUUGGAGACCGAGUGAUGGUCUCCUCGAAGUCCAACACAUUUGUGGAAUAUUUUCGUCCUUUGUUUAAAUUGUUUGUUUUUUUAACCUUCUCGCCUUUUCCUGUUCAUUUGAAACCUCAAGCACAAUUAAUAAUGCAUACUAAUUAUUCUCGGUUUGGUUUUUCCUAAUCCUGACAUCAGUUUCUCUUUUUCCUUUAAACUGUUCUCUCACUAAUUCACCAGCUGUCGCGACUGACGCACAUGCAAACAUUAACUUUAAUUAAUCUGGAUUUUAGACCUACUUUAACCCACUGAGUGAUGCAGAUACGCUUUUUUUUUUUUUUAAAUCACCAAACGAAUCAAUUUUGUCCUAAUGCUUUUCAUAAUCAAAACUCACCCUUUAGCUUCUCAUUAGAUUCAGACUUGGAUUUUGUUAUCAUGAUUGAUGUCCUUGGUUUCUUUUUUUUUGUAUGAGGAAGACGUUUUCAUGUUUUGAAUGUACAAUACACACAGAGCUUCAGAGGAAUCAGUUUUUAUUAUCAUUAACUCAACAUUUUGGGUCUUUUUGUACCCCCAACUAAAUUAUAUUCCUUUUUUUGUAAAGUUCUUUAAAAUAAGCUUUUGCUGUAUUUUUGUAGCGGCUCUGCGUUUAUAUUCAGACGAAGAAAAAUGAUUUCCUUACUGACUGGAAUGAAGGAAUCACAAAGCACCAGGAAUUUCAGGGACUGCCGUAUCAUAUUGCUCCUUCAAAUACCUGCUCAAAAUAUUUCCUUUAUUGUUACUCUGGAUUUAUACAUUUUUACACACUGGGCCUCAUUUAUCAGACUGGAACAUUUACAUAUAAGCAGACUAAUGCUCGGAAGCCCUGAACCUCAAAUGUUCUUUCAAUUACUUUCAUUAUUUUGAUUUAGUAUCUCACUAUUUUGAGUUACGAUAUACUGAGUGAAAAUAAUGAUACUGAGUGAACACGCAUCAAAAUACAGAGAUAAUAAUUCAAAAUAAUAAGACACUGACUCGAACUAGAGAUACGAAUUCAGUUCAACGAGAUAAUGAGUCAUAAUAACGAGAUACUAAAUCCAAACAGUGCGAUACCGAGUGAAAAUGAGCUGCUGAGUCAAAAUAGCGAUACUAAAUACAGAUUUUCCUAGCGUUAUUCCCGCGCUAUGCCAGGAUUUGCUUCGGCAGAUCGUUGGUCUGCAUAUCUGACUUGGCACGGUUGUACCCCAGAUGCCCGUCCCGAUGCAACCCUCCAGGUUUGAUACCGGCUCUGAGUCCAACCCCCAGGGGCUGGAGUUCCCGGCCUGGGAAUCAAACCCGGGCUGCAGCGGUGAGAGUGUGGGAUCCUUAACCGCUGGACCGCCAGAGAACAUACCUCAUCAGAAUUACAAGAUACACAAAAAUACCCCAUCCAUGUGGAGGUUGAGAUGUUGGCGUCCUGCGUUUUGCUCCUCAGUUUGUGUAAAUUUACGUAAUCAGGAGACUCACUGACGUACACAAGCCCUGAACCGCAAGGUGUGACUUUUUUUCAACAUUAUUUUCACUUGAUAUCGCUUGAUGAAUAUAAUGUGAUAUUAAAUCAUAAUGACGACGUGAUGCGUCAAAAAUGAUUACAGCAGUUUAUAAAACAUUUCUGUGUCUUGUAGUUCAGUUCCGCACUCGUGACCCUCAGCUGAUCGUCUUCAGAGCGCAUCAUUGGAGACGAGUUACUGGGAUUUAAUAUAAAGUCUACGCUGUUAAGUGUAAAUCACUUAUUUCAAUUGAAUAGCUAUGGAGUUAGGACAAAAGUAACGGUGCCCUGUAACAGGAGGAAGAGUUGGUGUCUGGACGAUGUCCGAGACUCUGCGUUACUGGAAGAGUUCCAGCUCAGUCACGGUUUAGUCUUUGUUUUGUCUUCUUAUGGACUUUUAUAGGUCACUGAAUCUUUUGUAAAUCUGACAGGAAUGUUUUCGCACAACUGUACUAACGGAUCGAUAAAUGAGGCCCAUUGAUCCAUCUGCCAUAGACAGUCUCGUUAGUCUCGAUGUUCCGUUUAAAAUAGUUCUAAAAAGAGUUCUGUUUUGUUUUUUCUAAACUGCGUAUGCGUUCUCCGUCUUGUGCUUUGAACCGAAACACAGAGUUUCAAAAUAUGACUGGACCAUAAAGUGCCUUUAGUUUCAUAAGAUCCGUGUGCUAUACACAGACCUCUGAAAAGGACAUGCUGCCUUUUAAUCUGCUUUUAUUAAUCAACAGAUGAUAAUGAAAUGAAUGAAAACAUUCCUCUAAGGACUGCAAGCUGUAGUGCUCCUGCCAACGUGGCACUCAGGGGGUUAAAGACAAACUACUUCUACCAAAUCUUUGAGGUAUUUUUUAAAACCUGAGCAGAAUAACCUACUGGAGCUUUUACUUUUGUUUUGUUUUUUUAAUGCAUAAUUUUUUUUCUCUCUCAUCAUUUGUAUGUUGUUUGAAGUCCAAGCGUGGAAAGCGAUAAAGGUGCACUGAAUCGCUGAUUUAUUAUUUUCGGGGUGUCUAAGACAUGGUAUGUAAAGACGUUUUUAAAUCUUUGUUGUUGCCUUGUUUUAUAUAUAGAAAUAAAUGAGGUUGGGGGGAAAGAAAACUGUGAUGUGUGCAAUAAAGUAUUAAAACUGGA